AGAAAGUCCCGCCGUAAGGAUUCGUUGGAUUUGUCCCAGCUCCAUCUCUAGCCCCAUCCCUAGAUGCUUUUGUGACGACGAUAACAGCGGCACGUGGUGUCAUGGCGAGUGCUGUUGUUAGAAACGCCGCUAGUUGAGUGCAUCGCGUCGUCUGACCGCAAGAUAUCUGACUCGAAAGGUUGACUUAAAAACGCCACGAUGAAGGAGGAUUCCGUGUUGAGCUUCAAGUGGCAGAGCUUCCCAACGCAUAUGAUGACCUCACUCGACGUCUAUUACGAGAAACAGCAAUUCGUCGAUCUCUCCCUGGUGUGCAAGGACGGCACGAUCCUCAAGUGCCACAAAAUGGUACUGGCCAACUCGAGCUUCUUCUUUCGCCGGUUGCUGCUGGCCAACGACCAUCCGCACCCGAUGAUCGUCCUGCACGACAUCGAGGCAGAUGAUCUCAAGACUCUCGUGAACUUUAUGUACUGUGGUGAGAUACAGGUAGUCCAAUCUGAAGUCAGGAGACUGCUCAAGCUCGCCGAGAUCCUCGAAGUUAUCGGACUGCGACACAUCCCGCCCUCGUCCGUGCCCGACGGUUCCAACAAUAAGGAGCACUACGACUCGACGAAGAAGACGACGACGGUGUCGCGAGUGAAACUGGAGGAAAGCAGGAAUGCACCCGGUAAGAACGUCACCUCGGAGCACGAGGCAAGCGCGAAAACGCAACAGAGUAAAGUUGCCACGCAGACGAGGUUUGUCCCGAAGAUGAAUCCUUACAAAGCGACGACCAAAGUUUCUCAGGAAACGUCGAAGAAUGAGGAGAUUAACAUAAGCGAACUGUGUCAACGGCUAGAAACCAGCAAUUCUGGCAUCAGUAUAAUAGACAUUAACGAGCCAAGUACAAGUAGGGGAGUGCGGAGAACGUCGCCGAUGCAGCAAUGUUCUCGAAAGAGAAAGGAGUUUUCCACUCCUGAGAUCAGCUGGCCAACUGUAUUAUCCACGAUAGCGAGCAAGCCGUUAUCUUUCCAAAAAGUCCGUUGCAUUAUGGACGAAGUAGAGAUCACACCUGGAAAACCAUCCACUUCUGUGUCAGAUAAUAAAAUCAACGACCCGUUAGACAGAAGAAAACUUAAGAAGAAUUCGAGUGAAGAUAACAAUUUAAAUAUGGUUUACAUAAAAGACGAAAUUGAAAUCUCUUCGGACGUGGAAGAAGAUGCUGACAUGGAUCCUCUAGAAGUUGAUGAAAUCGACAAUGAGAACUCAAAGGAAAGCAGUAAAGCUCCGCAACAGUUUUAUUCUCAAAUGUUUGUCCAUACGUUGAAUAAGAACACUCAUCCUCAUACAGAAUUCUCUCCUAGAAGAGAUUCAAAUGGUUAAUGUGACUCUAAUAUUCAUGAAUGGAUAAAGAACUGUAUAUAAAUCUCAAUGCAUGUUUUCAUCACAUAUAUUAUACUUUGAUAUUUAUAUGACACAUCAUGACAUUCGCAGUUUUAAACUCUUACUAGCUACUCAUUAUUUCUUCAAUGUUUAUGUUACAAGACCCUGCUAUUCACAAGCGUGCAAAUCAUGUUUUAAUAUCUCUACCUGUAUGAUUAAAAUAAAUAUUAUUUAAUAUUGUA